AACUAGGAAAACAGUGAGAACGGGAGGUUGAGAUUUUUUCUCCUGUUGCAGAAGGAGAAGAUCAAAUGUGUUGUUGCGCGUAGGUUGCAGGAUGAGUGAUUGGAAUCGCAGCACCGCCGAAGCAGCAGUAGCAGUAGCAGUAGCAGUAUCAGCACCAGCACCAGCACCAGUACCAGCACCAGCUGCUGCAGCAGUAGUAGAAUGGAAGCGAGAAUAAUGAGACAGUCAUUGUAGCCAUUUCAGCCCCAACAACGUAACAAAUUCCCAACAAGAAACAAAACACAGCGAUGAGAGCUCUGCGCUGAACAACAGCGACGGAGGGUAAAGCGAAAGGGUGAAAGAUGGGCGCCGUUCUACGGAGCCUGGUGUUGUGUAGUUUUUGUUCUUUAAUAAGAGGGACGCCAUUGCUACUUUAUGCAAAUCGCAGAGACCUGCGAUUGGUAGAUGCUGCCAGCGGGAAGGGAAACGCCACUGUGGUGGUUGGUGGCUUAGAGGAUGCAGCAGCGGUGGACUUCAUCUAUUCUAUGGGUUUAAUAUACUGGAGUGAUGUGAGCGAAGAAUCCAUUAAAAGAAUAGUGUUUAAUCAGACUGCAAGUUUACAGAAUGUUGUGAUAUCGGGGCUGGUAUCUCCUGAUGGGCUCGCUUGUGACUGGUUGGGAAAGAAGUUAUACUGGACCGACUCGGAAACCAAUCGGAUUGAGGUUUCGAAUCUGGAUGGGUCUUUGCGGAAAGUUUUAUUUUGGCAAGAUAUGGAUCAGCCACGAGCAAUUACUUUGGAUCCAGCGCGAGGGUACAUGUAUUGGACAGAUUGGGGAGAAGUACCAAAAAUCGAAAGAGCUGGCAUGGAUGGUACGAGCCGAUCAAUAGUAAUUGACAGCAAUAUUUACUGGCCAAAUGGGCUGACAUUGGACUACGCUGAACAGAAACUGUACUGGGCCGAUGCCAAGUUUAAUUUCAUUCACAGGUCGAGCCUUGAUGGCAAAUCCAGGGAACCGGUGGUAGAAGGCUCUCUCCCGCAUCCCUUUGCAUUGACUUUGUAUGAUGAAACGUUGUACUGGACAGACUGGAACACGCACUCGAUCCACUCCUGCAACAAGAUCACAGGAGACAAGCGACAAGAAGUUCACACCAAUAUCUUUUCCCCUAUGGAUAUUCAUGUCUUCAGCCAGAAAAGACAGCCCGACUCAGCUCUGAGUCCCUGUGGAAGUAAUAAUGGUGGUUGCUCCCACUUGUGUCUGAUGUCGCCCACGAAGCCUUUUUAUCAGUGUGCCUGUCCAACCGGGGUCCGGCUGCUGGAGGACGGAAAGACUUGCAAAGACGGAGCCACAGAGUUGUUGCUUCUUGCUCGCCGCACAGACUUGAGACGGAUAUCCCUCGACACCCCAGAUUUUACUGACAUUGUUCUAAAACUGGACGACAUUCGCCAUGCCAUAGCCAUUGACUACGACCCUGUGGAUGGGCACAUAUACUGGACUGAUGACGAGGUGCGAGCCAUUCGCAGGUCCUAUCUGGAUGGUUCUGAGAGUCAGUUUGUGGUCACGUCCCAAGUGAACCAUCCAGAUGGCAUCGCUGUAGAUUGGAUUGCCAGGAACCUUUAUUGGACCGAUACCGGAACAGACCGCAUCGAAGUGACGAGACUUAACGGGACCAUGCGCAAGAUCCUCAUUUCAGAGGACCUUGACGAGCCAAGAGCAAUAGUACUGGAUCCUAUGUCUGGGUAUAUGUAUUGGACAGACUGGGGAGAGAUUCCUAAGAUCGAGCGUGCUGCAUUAGAUGGUACCGACAGGCUAAUUCUGGUUAACACUUCACUAGGCUGGCCGAAUGGACUGGCGCUGGACUACGCUGAGAAUAAGAUCUAUUGGGGAGAUGCCAAGACUGACAAAAUCGAGGUUAUGAACACAGAUGGGUCUGGUCGGAAAGUUCUGGUGGACGAUAAACUGCCGCACAUUUUUGGGUUCACAUUACUGGGGGACUAUAUCUACUGGACAGACUGGCAGCGGCGUAGCAUUGAGCGAGUGCACAAGCGCUCUGCUGAGCGUGAGAUCAUCAUUGACCAGCUGCCUGACCUCAUGGGUCUGAAGGCCACUAAUGUCCAUCAGAUUAUAGGUACAAACCCCUGCGCGGACAACAAUGGGGGCUGCAGUCACCUCUGCCUGUACAAGCCCCAGGGUGUGCAGUGCGCCUGCCCCAUUGGCCUGGAGCUAAUCAGUGACAUGACCACUUGCAUUGUCCCUGAAGCCUUCCUCCUCUUCUCCCGCCGGGCCGACAUCAGGCGCAUUUCCCUGGAAACCAACAACAACAACGUGGCUAUUCCCCUGACUGGCGUGAAGGAGGCUUCUGCCCUGGACUUUGAUGUGACUGACAACCGCAUCUACUGGACAGACAUUACCCUGAAGACCAUAAGCCGGGCGUUCAUGAAUGGCAGUGCCCUUGAACAUGUUGUUGAGUUUGGGCUGGAUUACCCAGAAGGCAUGGCGGUGGACUGGUUGGGCAAGAACCUGUACUGGGCUGACACAGGCACCAACCGGAUAGAGGUAGCCAAGUUGGAUGGGCAGCACCGGCAAGUUCUGGUAUGGAAAGAUCUGGACAGUCCAAGAGCGCUGGCCUUGGACCCUGCUGAAGGGUUUAUGUACUGGACAGAGUGGGGUGGAAAGCCAAAAAUUGACCGCGCUGCCAUGGACGGGACCGGGCGGAUCACUAUUGUGCCCAACGUGGGCCGAGCAAACGGCCUCACCAUUGAUUAUGCUGAACGAAGACUUUACUGGACAGACCUUGAUACCACGUUGAUCGAAUCCUCCAAUAUGCUUGGUCUGGAGCGUGAAGUCAUUGCAGAUGACUUGCCCCACCCAUUUGGCCUGACUCAGUACCAGGAUUACAUCUACUGGACAGACUGGAGCCGGCGCAGCAUUGAGAGAGCCAACAAGACCAGCGGCCAAAACCGCACCAUCAUUCAGGGCCAUUUGGAUUAUGUUAUGGAUAUCCUGGUAUUUCACUCCUCAAGACAAGGGGGCUGGAAUGCAUGUGCGUCCACGAACGGGCACUGUUCCCAUCUCUGUCUGGCAGUGCCCAUCAGUGGUUAUAUCUGCGGGUGUCCUGCUCACUACUCCCUCAACUCUGACAACAAGACCUGCAGUGCUCCCACCUCCUUCCUGCUGUUCAGUCAGAAGACAGCAAUCAACCGUAUGGUGAUCGAUGAGCAGCAGAGUCCUGACAUCAUCCUGCCCAUCCACAACCUGCGCAACGUCCGAGCCAUUGACUACGACCCCCUGGACAAGCAGCUCUACUGGAUUGACUCUCGGCAGAACGUCAUCAGAAGAGCGCAAGAAGACGGCAACCAGAGUUUUACUGUGGUGGCCAGCCCAGUGCCCAAUCAGAACCUAGAUAUGCAGCCAUACGACCUGAGCAUCGACAUCUACAGCCGCUUCAUCUACUGGACCUGCGAGGCCACCAACGUCAUCAACGUCACCCGCAUAGACGGCAGACCGGUGGGCAUUGUUAUCCGAGGAGAGCAGGACAAGCCCAGAGCAAUUGUGGUCCACCCAGAGAAAGGGUACAUGUACUUUACUAACCUGCAAGAGAGGUCUCCCAAGAUUGAGAGAGCAGCACUGGAUGGGACAGAGAGGGAACUGCUUUUCUUCAGAGGCCUCGGGAAACCCAUUGCCCUCGCUAUCGACAACGAAAUGGGCAAACUGUUCUGGGUGGACUCUGACCUCCGUCGCAUUGAAAGCAGUGACCUGGCGGGUGCCAACCGGAUUGUAAUUGAAGACUCAAACAUCUUGCAGCCGGUCGGACUAACUGUGUUUGGAAACUACCUGUAUUGGAUCGACAAGCAGCAGCAGAUGAUUGAGAGAAUUGAUAAAACCACACGGGAGGGGCGCACCAAGAUUCAAGCUCGCAUCGCCUCGCUAAGCGACAUCCAUGCAGUGAGCGAACUCAACAUGAAGGAAUACAGAAAGCAUCCUUGCACCCAAGACAAUGGUGGCUGCUCACAUAUUUGCAUUGUUAAAGGGGAUGGUACCACCCGCUGCUCCUGCCCUGUCCACCUUGUACUGCUGCAGGAUGAGCUCUCCUGUGGAGAACCUCCGACCUGUUCCCCGGACCAGUUCUCCUGCUUGAGUGGUGAGGUGGACUGCAUCCCACGAGCAUGGCGCUGUGAUGGGUACCCGGAGUGUGGAGAUAAAAGUGACGAGGAGAGCUGUCCAGUCUGCUCAGACAGCCAGUUCCAGUGCGACAGCCGGCAGUGCAUUGACAUAACCCUGCGCUGCAAUGGGGAGGCGAAUUGCCAGGACAAGUCAGACGAGAAGAAGUGCGAAGUUAAUUGUCCAGUUGACCAGUUCAGCUGUGCAAACGGGCAGUGUAUAGGCAAGCACAAGAAAUGUGACCAUAACACUGACUGCAACGAUAACUCCGAUGAACUGGGCUGCUACCCCACAGAAGAGCCUUCUCCUCAGCCAACAAACACCAUUGGGUCCAUCAUUGGAGUGAUCCUGGCCCUGUUCGUCGUCGGUGCCGUGUACUUUGUGUGUCAGCGUGUGCUGUGUCCGCGCAUGAAGGGUGAUGGAGAAACAAUGACCAACGAUUUUGUGGUCCACGGCCCCUCUUCUGUUCCACUGGGAUACGUUCCACACCCAAACUCCCUCUCCGGGUCUCUACCAGGAAUGUCUCGAGGGAAAUCUGUUAUUAGCUCAUUAAGCAUCAUGGGUGGGAGCAGUGGACCACCCUACGACAGAGCCCACGUUACAGGGGCCUCCUCCAGCAGCUCUUCAAGCACCAAAGGCACUUACUUCCCUCCGAUUUUAAACCCCCCUCCUUCCCCAGCAACUGAGCGUUCCCAUUACACCAUGGAGUUUGAUUACUCAUCAAACAGCCCAUCCACCCACAGGUCAUACAGCUUCCGACCUUACAAUUACCGCCACUUUGCUCCCCCCACCACCCCAUGCAGCACGGAUGUUUGCGACAGCGACUACACCCCCAGCAGAAGGAUCACGACAGCUGUGAUAAAGGGCUACACCAGCGACCUGAACUAUGACUCUGAGCCCUUCCCACCCCCACCCACACCACGCAGCCAGUACCUGUCUGCGGAGGAGAACUACGAGAGCUGCCCUCCAUCCCCCUUCACGGAGCGCAGCUACUCCCACCACCUCUACCCUCCGCCUCCCUCCCCCUGCACAGACUCUUCAUGAGCCGAGCCAUGAGCCCUCCCUCCUCCCCUCUCUUUCCGAGCCACACUGUAAAUACAAAUUGUGCAUAUUAAGAGAAAAGAAAGAUUUACGGGUGAGGGAGAGCGGGGGCAGGGAUUGUACAGUAUAAACAAAUAUAUAUUGAAGGGGAAGGGGGAAAGCUAGAGAUAUGUACAGAAGAGAAAUAAUAUUUAUAUAUUUUCUAAUACAGCACCUGAUGGUUGUGCCAUAGAAGUUUGUAUAAAGAGAGAUUUUUUACAAAACUU